AGAUUCAACAAACAACUAAGCAAGACAAUAAACAACAAAUCAAGACAACAAACAACUUAUCAAGACAACAACAAAACAAUCACACAACUUGAUUCAAAAUGGUUCAAAAUAGAAAAAUCGCUGUUCUUUAUGGUCUAAUUGUGCUGUGUGACGUUAUAGAACAAUCACAGGGAAUAGUGUCCUCUGAGAGCCUCAGAAGUAAUGAUAAUCAAGCAAACUGGAAACAAAACACAACUCGAUCCUGUACACUAGAUCAGAAUAUAACUUCUGAGUCAUGCACUGCAACAGGUACAUGUAUAAACCGGUGUGGAGAGUCCUUACCAGAACCCAUGUUUUCUUCAGAUUUGCCUGCAUGUUCAUGUGACAAACACUGUGUUAAUUAUAAGGACUGCUGCAGUGACUUUAUCACUGAAUGCCCAGCUGAAGUCAUCCAAGCUAAAGCAGUGAAAGAUGACAACUUCGAGGCUACAUGUAUCAAAAUGGAAAAUUUUGAUUCAUGGGUUAUAUCCUACUGCGCUGCAGGCUACACCAAUACAGCUGUUAUCGAGAAGUGUAAAAGCAAUGCUACUGAUCCAAUCUCAAGAAUCCCUGCUUAUGACAGGAAUAAUGACAUCUACUAUAAGAACAUUUACUGUGCCUUGUGUUCUGGCGUCACCUCAAUUAGUUUCUGGGACACCUAUGGGAUCUGCAGCUCAGAAUUAAUGAUUAAUAGCAUGAACAUGAACAGCAUUGAGUCAAUCCUUGAUGCCAAAAUGUCUUUUUGUACAUUGUAUAGAUUCCCCAAUAUCUGGGAUGAUAGUUUCAAUGUCAGAUACUGUGCAGGAGAAGCAAUCAAUGAAUGCGAGGAAGGGUGUACAGAUCCAACUGCAGUUGAACUAUGUAACAAAGGUUAUCAGCAGAUAGUUUCUACAAAAACACUCAACUUCAAGAAUGAGUACUGUGCCCGUUGCAACCCUAGCCUUAUUAACAAAACUCAGGCAGGUAUAAAAUGUGGUAUAAAAUACGAUUCUCAAACUGAUCACUUGGACCUUACCAAGGGACAAUAUAACUACAACCUGUUCAUGUAUUACAAUCCUACAAAUCUCGAUAAGAAGGAGUCUCCAGACAAUGUUAAAUUUGAAUUCUAUGUGUCUCCAAAUGUGUAUGAUAUGGGAGAGAUAAGGUUUUGGUGUAAUAUCUUAACAAACAAGUGCAAAUACACUGCCUGUGCUACACAUUACAAGCUGGUUGGAGAAGAGUGUCGAUUAAAAGAUUUACUGGUUAAAAUCUUUGUUACAUUAAUAGGUGACUUAAAAGACUUCAAUGUACUAUUAGUUUUACCAUUGUAUGGUCCAUUAAAGCAUGAGCGUGUGGCAAAUCACACCAACGUAACUGUUCAAAUCAUGCUACCCCAAGACACAAGCAUUGAAAAGAUGAAUGACUACAUGGCUAACAUUACAACAGUGAUAGAGGGAUGUGUUGAUGCGGGGGUUAUAGAAUACACGCUGCCUGAAAAUGAUACUGUCAUAGAAACACCUGUUAGUCCUUACUCGUUUGAGAUUAGCACCUCAAGCGUACUCAUUGAUGACCCUACCACUGAUGACCUUCCAAUGGAUGACCUUUCUAAGGAUGAUACCUCCACAGAGGUGGCGAAUACUGAUAAAGAUGAAGACCAGCAAGAGAAUGCUACUACAACAGGACAUACUACCAGCAACAAGGCAAGUUAUAUUGAAACUGGGCAAUUGUAUCUUAUUGCUAUUGCUCUUGUAGGCAAAGUAUUGAUGGAUAAAUGAAAUAUCACCCAAGAUCUCUGUUGUCCAAUUGAUUAUCAUUGUCGCUUCAUUCACAAAAAAGUAAAAGUAUAACAAAUGUAGUGUGCUUUGAAAUCAUUCCAGUGCAUUUUGUACUUUCAUUUUAGUAAUAAUGCUAUCAAUGAUAGAACUUAAACUGAGAAAUAUGUUCAAUGAAAUGACAUUUUCAAAUCUUGUGGUGAGACAAUAGUAUUAAGUGAAAGGCAAUGGGUGGCAUUAUUUUGAUCAGUUCCUUGACAGUUUGAUGAAAAUUCAAUAUACAGUGAAACCUGUAAAGUGGAACACCUCUAAGAAUGCAACACCAGUGUUAGUGGAACAAUUUUCAGUGUCCAAAGACCAAGUGAUUUCAAGUUAAAUGAACGAAUGUAAAUGGAACAGCUACCAAGAGGAACACCUUUUCGGCGUAUCAAAAGUGGUUUUAUGGUCAGA